GCGCAGCACAAGUCCUGGAAGAGGUUUGAGCCAAAAGCACUCUGCUGCCCGACUUUCAUCGACAUUACUCCGUCUGUCCGGCCCGCAGAGCUGGACCAAACGGUUGACGGUGCGUAAUUACGCACGGGGACGGCAGAUCCGCGCUGUUGCUCGCCGUGGUAACCCACCGCGGACAAAGGAAGGCAGGCAGACUGGAGUACUACUGACUUGAGAGGAGAGGAGUACUGUUGGAGGGGAAAUGAGGGGAAUCUGGAGUCGGAAGUGAUUUCUCUUUUUUUUUUUCUCUCAGAAAUGUAACUUGCGUUCAGGAAAAAGCGAAUCAGUUUGGAUACCGAGGAGUAAAAGGACAAAAAGUGAAGCGGUGAGUGGAAUCUGACCACAAGACAGCAUCCAGAUCCUCGGAGCAUGGGAGGAGUUGUCUUCGAGCUGUAAAAUGUUCCCGCUACAUCGAGAGAGGGAGCAGCCCAUCUUCAGCGCCAGAGCUCAUGUCUUCCAGAUCGACCCGGCCACCAAACGCAACUGGCUGCCAGCCAGCAAACACGCCGUCACCGUGUCCUUCUUCUAUGAUGCCAGCCGCAGCGUCUACCGCAUCAUCAGCGUGGGCGGCACUAAGGCCAUCAUCAACAGCACCAUCACUCCCAACAUGACCUUCACCAAAACCUCCCAGAAGUUUGGCCAGUGGGCAGACAGCCGGGCCAACACCGUCUAUGGCCUGGGCUUCUCCACAGAGCAGCAGCUGCAGCAGUUUGCGGAGCAGUUUAAGGAGGUGAAGGAGGCGGCCCGUCUGGCCAGGGAGAAGUCUCAAGAGAGGUUUGAGCUGGCCAACCCGGCGCUCAACAUUGCGGCUCCAGAGCUCUCGCAGGAGUUGUCGGAGGGACGCCAUUCUCCACCGCUGCUCACAGUCAACGGGCCGGGCGAGGAGAAACUGUUCCGCAGCAAGAGCGCCGAAGUGGAGCUGACGGCAGAGAAGGAGAGAGUCAAAAAGAUGCUGUCUGAAGGGUCCAUGUGUGAGAUGAACCUCGAGGCUGAACUCUUCACGCUACAGGACAGUAACGCCAAGCUGGUGGCAGCACUGCAGGAGGCCAACAGCAGCGUGGAGCAGUGGAAGAAACAGCUUGCUGAGUACCAGGAGGAGACCGAUCGCCUCAGAGACCAGGUGGCAGAGCUUGAGGCCCAGCUGGGGCAUCCUGCUGCUGGUCAGACUGGUCGAGAGGAGCUGAGUCAGUCACUGGAGGAGCUGGAAGCCCUGCUGAGUGCCAAAGACCAGGAAAUUCACAAUCUACAGAGCAAGAAAACAGAUGUGGGUGAGCUGGAGAAGGAGAGAGAGGAGGCCAUGCAGAGACUCCAGGACGUGGAGAGACGAAACACCGAGUUGGAGGAUCAGGUUCAGAAUGCUGAAAAGACGCUGGCCUCCAGUCGGGAGGAGCAGGAGCAGUCGGAGGUCGAGGUGCGACGCAUUAUCCAGGUUCUGGACGUCAAGAUCUGCGACCUUAACGACCUGAGACAGAGCCUGGCAAAGCUCAUCGACAAAUAGCCACAGCAGCACUUUGGCUGCAUCUCCACAGUGUUUCACUGGAGCAUCAGCGGAACAGCAAUCAAAGCAGGAUGGAGGAAAAUGUGCAGGUGUUUACCUCCAUGGAUCUGUUUUUUUAAGAUCAGGGCAGGUAAACAGCAGGCAUCAGGAACCUCUUAAAGGUGCUAUGUGCAAAGUAAAACAUCUGUACUGUACAUCAUUGUCACAUUAAUACUGCAACCUUGCUAUGAUUAUCACAAACAGAUGGCAGUACAUCUUGAUUUUAGUCUUUUCACCGUCCGCCAUCACUGAAAACUCUGAAAGCGUUGGAUCCACUUGCUCUGGAAGGACAGCGCUCUCCUCCUCUUCUUGGUGCCAUAGCAAUCCAGCGUAUUUUGUCAAAAUCUGACACAGUGGUUUGCAGUGUAAAGUGCUAGUGGCUGCUAAAAGCUGAGAGUGUUUUCAGUGAUGGCCUUCAUUGUAUAUGGUUGUUAUACUGAUGUCUCAACUGGACUCAAGUGAUGAUUUAUUGAUUACAAAUAAUACACAUAGUACCUUUAAAAGAGACCUUGCACAAAAACUGAUUUUAAGCUUGUUAUUUUGCAAAAGUGGACAUUUCCAACAGUAUCAAAGGGUUUUCUACUUGUUUAUUUUUGUGUGAUGUAUCUAUAUUUAAUACGGAGUGGCCAGUCCAUGUGUAUUGGUGUAUGUGGAGUAGCAGUAAAACUUGGAAGGAACUGAAGCAUCUUGACUGUUAAAUGAAAGUCAGUGGUGCUCUGUUUUCCUGCAGAGCUGGAGGUCUCAACCAUUCAACCGUGCCUGAGCACAGACAGUAAAACUGCAGUCCUGUAACAGCAGGACUCACAUCAGGACUUGAGAUGGCUGAAAAGUUUUAUGGACAGUUCCAUUUUUACAAGACUUUGACACAUUAAACUAAUAGUCUGAGGCCUACACAUAUAGUUCUGUAUGAAUAAGGCUUUAAGAUAUGCAUUUUCUCCUAAUGUUAGCAGUCGAUCUCAGCAGUCACUAGAGAACUGAGAAAAAUCAAGACGAGCUAUACAGGUAAAAUGUCUGCUUUUACACAAUAACAACCUUUAGUUUAUGCUGGUCAUCCCUUCGUCAACACUGUGGAGAUGCACACAGUGGGAGUUUGGUCGGGGUAAGGACACGUGGAGGCAAAGACCCUGAAUAAAGUCUGCUCCAGUUCACCAUCAGCAGCCUGGACUGGCCUCACCAGCUGGACUACAACAAACCCAGAGAUGCAACAACAUGCUCACAUUCAGGCCUCUGCGGAUCCCAGCGUACGAACAUUUUUGUUCAUGUUUUAUAAGGACUGCUCUUUCUUGCCACUUAUUCUAUUAUUCGUGUUCGUCGAUGGGUUACUCACAGCCAGGACGGGAUGGGAAAUCAGCGAUGGCUACCAGCCAAAUUGCUGCUAAAUUCAAGCCGUGGCUGGCAGGUUUGUCCUCAGGCCUCUUUGACAGGUAGAACAGCAAGUUCCUGAUGUGACGCUGUGGCCUGUGGACAGAGCGCUGCUUUCCCACCCGGAUGUCGUUGAGCUAAACCUGAGGCUGCACUAGAUGUUCGUGCCAAGUUUUGUUUACAUUUGUCAGCAUUCACAGUGAUCCAUUUCUACUUUAUGUAUUCUGUGUUGCUCAACACUACCAUUUACCAUACAGUAAUAAUAACCCUAGAGAAAGGCUCAGCAGAGCUGCAGAGCGUAGAUCACUAUGAGAGCACUGCAUGAGCUCUGCAGAAGCCCCAAACCUACCAGGGAAUGUGAAGCUGUGUGUGUGCGUGCACAAUACUUAGCAGCCUGCAAAGGGGGACUGCUCAAGGUAUAAAGCACAAAUGCAGUAGUUUUAGUAAAUGGGUACUUAAUUGAUUUGUCUGUCAGCUUUAUAUGUGAACUAAUGCACAGUAUCUAUCUAUCUUUGCUUCUCGCCCCCUGAUGAGUUAUUAAUUUCUUCAUAUGACAGUUAUAUAGGUACAAAUAAGGUGCAGUCUUUUGCAGCUGAUGAUGCAGUGACUGCCAGGAUCAUAAUAACAUGUCAAAAUGUGAUUUAAACAGGUCAUAAUUAAAUCUGUUAAUGUAAUAAACUACCAGAUAAUGUACUAGCACCCCAUUAUUACCAUGAUCUGCAAUUAUUUGUGUUAGAUUUUACAAAUACCUCGACAGUUCAACAAGCCAGUACAGUAAUGAUAGUUAUAAUGUAAUGUUACUGCAUUGUGUUGCUGUUGAUCACAUUAAGAGGUUUUAGUCUACCUUCAGUCAAACAACAUUGGUGGUUCAACAUUUUGACAAGUUCCUACGCUAUCUGGGAGUUCUGACAUCAGCUACAUGCUAGCAUCACUGAAUUAGCAAUAAAGUUUCUAGCAUAGAUGCCUGUUCAUAGUUAAUACAAGUCAUUUGUAGGUAGUUGGACUUCUGUAAAGUCUCUUUUCAUCUAUUCUAACAUCAGCAGUGCUUUUUUUCACAACUGUGGUCUUUUUUUUCAUGGCUUCACCAGAUUAUGACUGAUUAGUACCAGCCUUUUAUCAAGCAUGAAGAAAAUGCAUCGGAGGCCAUCGGCUCCUCAGCACGAGCGCCUCACGGUUGAUGUCAGAAACGCUUUGCUUCACAACAGCCUUAUUCCAGUGUAUCACUAAUGCACAGUUACACUGUGUAAAUGGAGUAGUUCUUGUAAUGCAGAAAGGGAGGCAGGAACACUGUCCUCCUAACUGUAAGACCAAACUUCCCUCUGGUGUCUGACCACUGACCUUUCUGUUCAGAGUUUGUGGAGAUAACAAAAAGGACUUAUUUUUAAAGGGGGAAGGGUGCAAGGGAUGCACAUAGCUCAUACCACAAACAAAAAAAUGGAAAACAAACAAAAACCUAUAAUAAAACAGCAAUAAACAGGAUGUUUGAAUAUCUGUGGGUGGAUUUCUCCUCAAAUACACUGGAAUAAGGCCUUUUUAAAACAUCUGUUGCCAGCUGCAAGAGACAACGCAGUACCAAAGAUGCACCACUGUCAUGCUGAAGCCACAUCAACUGGAAUAAACACACAACCUCAGUGUGAUGCUAAAGUUCAUCUCAUCCCCAUUAUUUAAAAUUGAAUUUAAGUUUGACUUUUCAGUAUGACUCAAAAUACCUCAGAAUACUUUAGUUUCAUUUGGUAAAAUAAGAGGAAAAGUUUGACUAGUGUUGGCCACAUCAAGGCCACAAGUUUGUGUUUCACAACAAUUACUGGAUUGAGGAGGGCAGGUGUUUGUAUGGAAUUUGACAAUGUGAGAUGAGUUCCUUAUAUUUGUAUAGAACUGUUUAACAUUAAAACUCAGUCAUGCAGUCACCGCAGUGGUCUUUGUGUGAUGGGAGAGAAAGAAACUCAGGGUCGUGUUGUGUAAUUCAGCAUUCCUACAUCUUACACAUCCACACGUUUUUUCCCUGACAAGUAUUUUAGUUCUCUCUCUUAAAAAACUGAAAGUUUGAUGUUCCAUCUCAACUGAUAAUAAAAGUACAAUCAGCUUGGAUUAUCUCAGUUCAUCACAAUUUGAGCUGUAAAUAUCUACUGAGCAGUGGUUGCGAUGCAUUUGGCCAUGCUGCUUGCUGUUUAGUGGCAAAAGGAGUGCAGGAGGCAUGUGAGGUGGCAGGUAUGACGCUGAAUCAGCUGAUAAACAGCAGCUGGUGUUUGAAAUGCUGUGAUUAACUUCUCUUCUCAGCUUUUUAAUGCUGGCAAAGACCGUGUAGGAUCUUUCUCAUUUGGAUUCAGCCACCCGCUGCUAUGCGAAAUGUGUUACAUUAGUCUGUACUGUUUAUGCAGUUUGGACAUGUGGCACUUUGUUUGUGCUGCAGUUCUGUCACUUCAGACUGACACAUACAGCAUGUGCUGCUUUUGUG